UGCUGGAAGUCAUUAUGAAGCGGAUGGACACUCUGUCUCGACUGGGUAACACCACUGAAACCCACAAGCUGGAUGAGCUCGCCUCCGUCCUAGACAGAAUUCAGCCGAUCGGUCUGGUGGAGCGGAUCCAGGCCAUCGCCCAGAACAUGUCGGACAUGGCAGGGAGGGUCGAGCAGAUUCUGCAGCGCAGCAUCGCGAGCAAAAAAGUUAGGGAAGGAACAUUGGGACAGUGUGACAUUCCAAAAGACCCUCAUUAUCCAGACUGCCCCGGCAAGAUGGAUGUAAGUCUGCCUUGAGUGUGGAUUGCAAAACUAUUUUGCACACAGAAAAACACAUUUUUUUGUCCGUCUCUGUGCAGCAGAGAUUUUUUGUAAUACGAACUGAGACAAACACUCCUCGUGGAGUUCUGGGUCGUCAAGAUUGGUACAUUUC